AGAAACGUGGUCAUGACAUUUAAUGGUUUAAGAAGUUGCUAAAGAAAGAGAGAAAGGGUCGUUCAUAAGAAAGGUCUCCCAAAGUAAAAUGCAUAGUCAAAACCAUAAGUAAUAACCUUAACAACUUUAUGAUCCACCGCCUACCGCCGCCAACCCAUAGAACAUCUUCCUUCACACACGCCAAUCCAGUCCCUAACGCGGCAAAUUCCUUCUCCAUAUUGAAGCAUCUCCAUCUUCGAUCAAUACCCAUUUCAUCAUUCAAAACCAUCAUUCAAUUCCCAUCUUAAUCUCCCAUAAUUACCAUGGACAAACUCUCCCCUUACCACACUCUGCUUUUCUACAACAUAGACACAGAUUCCGACGGCAAAGUUUCCCCUCACGAUCUCCUCACCCGCCUCCCGGCUCUCACUGGGCAGGUUCUGACCGAAGCGGAGGCCGCCUCGGCUGUGGCUGCCUUCGAUUCCGACGGCGACGGGCUUCUGGGGAUGGAGGAGUUUGGGAGGUUGGUGGAGGGGGUUGUUGUUGGUGGUGAUGAUGAUGAUCGAGAGGUGAGGGAGGCUUUUCAGAUGUAUGAAAUGGAAGGAUUGGGGGUGAUUACUCCGGUGAGCUUGCGGCGGAUGCUUAGCCGUCUUGGGGAAUCGAGGAGUGUUGGGGAUUGUAAGAGAAUGAUUGCUAAAUUUGAUUUGGAUGGGGAUGGAGUUUUGUGUUUUGAUGAAUUUAGGGGUAUGAUGUUGCUUUGAAUUUCUCAAACCUUAUUUCUAUGUGUUUGGGAGAAAAAAGGGCAUUUUAAUUUUUACGAUAAUUUCAUUCCUUUUAGAAAUAGUAAUUUUACGAUUGUUUGCUAAUGGAAUGUAUGAGUUAGGAUAGGAACUACAACAUUUAUUGUGUGUGAGGAUUUGAAUUAGAUGUGUAUAAUCAACUUUACAAAAGUUUACUCACCUACAAUUUUUGUAUUUCUAUAUCUUUACUUUCUUGAAUGAAUUUAGGGGAAUCAAAUUGAUACGAAAAUAAA